AUGUUGUCUUUUUCUCUCUCCAGAGACAACCAGACAAGAAAGAUCCAGGAAAACAUCACCAAUGUGGAGAAACAUUUUGGAGAGAUGUGCCAACUGUUUUCCGCAUAUGUCCGUAAAACAGCCAGGUUACGGGACAAGUCAGAUGUCCUGGUUCGGGAAAUUGGCCUGUAUGCAGACACAGAAACACCAGAUCUGAAGAGGGGUAUGAAGCAGUUUGCAGACCACAUGGCCAAGAUCCAAGACUACCGCCAAGCUGAGGUGGAAAGACUUGAAUCCAAAGUCAUAGAGCCAUUAAGCUAUGGAGCUGUAGUGAAGCGUAAAAGGGAGGAUCUGAAGGCGACUCAGAGUGCCAGAGACAGAGAAGCCAAACAGAUGGCUCAGCUCGAGAGGACCAGACAGAGGAACCCCUCCGACAGGCAGAUCAUUUCUCAGGCUGAAAGUGAGCUCCAGAGAGCCACCAUGGAUGCCACACGGACCACCAGGCAGCUUGAGGAGACCAUAGACGAGUUUGAGAGGCAGAAGAUCCGGGACAUCAAGAAAAUCUUUGGCGAGUUUGUGACAGUGGAGAUGUCCUUCCAUGCCAAGGCCUUGGAGGUGUACACCUUGGCCUUCCAGAGCAUUCAAAGUGUGGACGAAGAGCAGGACCUGGAGGUGUUCAGGAGUUCGCUGCACCCCCCUGACUACCAGUCACGCUUAGACAUAGUGCGAGCUAAUUCCAAAACCUCCCUCGAUCGGACCGGGUCCUUCCUGAGUACUUCAGGGACCUUACAGCAACAAAGGGAUUGCAGUCGACAGACAAGAAGAGAGGAGGAGGAUGAUGAUGACGAAGAGGAUGAGGAUGAUUCUGAAGAGGAGGAAGAGGAGGACGAAGACACAGAUGAUGAUCAUUGAUUUGUUGUAUUGUUUUAUCUUGUUUGUUUGAAAGUGUAUUAUUGUGUCAUUGCCAAAAUCAUUUCACACAGUGAGUCUGAGCAGUAUUGUAGUGCACGACGUGUGUUGUAGUUGUUCAUUAGGAACACAUUGUCCUUUACUAACAUUUGUCUUUUAAAUCCCAGCCAAUUAUUGUCUUAUGUAUUUUUAUAUAACACAUGCUGAAAUGUACAUUACAUAUUUAGUUGUACUGGAACUAUCAGUGCACCAUGUAAUUCGUCUUCAUGAAUUAAAAAAAGAAUCAGUUUUCA